AUGUCUGGGGGGGAUGAGUUGAAUGGCGAUGUAUGGGAUAGUGAUGAGGAAGAGGAAGGGGGAGAUGAUGAUGAGGAAGAGGUAGAUGGUGAUGAUGAUGGGGAUGAUGACAAUGGGGACGGGGAAGACAGCAAUGGGGACGAGUGGGAAGAUGAAGAGGAUGACGACGAGACUCCUAAUCCCAGUGCGGGUGGCCGACCACUGAAUAUGCAAGAUAUCAUGGAGGAAAUGGGCAUUCUUGCGGCUCAGGGACGAAUGCCGGGUAUGCCUGGUAUGCAGCCAACAGACGACGAUAAUGAGGGGGAUGGAGAUGAUGGAGAAGAAGGCUCGAACACUGAAUUUGGCCCCGGCCGCCCGCUUACCAUGCAGGAUAUGGAGAAUGAGAUGAGGAUCAUGAUGGGUCAGGGACUGAUCUUGAAUUUGCCUGGUAUGCCUGGUUAUAGACCGGAGGGCGGGGAUGAGGAACAUGAGGAAGAAGAUAAUGAUGAAGAUGGAGAAGAAGGGUCGAACGAUAGCGAUGCCGAGCAAAAUGAAGACGACUCGCACAACAACAACGACGACAACGACGAUCCGCCACCAGCCCUGAAACCCCUACCCAGCGCUAGCCACCUGACCCUACAAGAAAUCGAGGAAAAGAUGAGAACAAUGAUGGCUCAGGAGCGCAUGUUCAAGUUACCUAGUAUGCCUCAUUUCAACCCGGAAGAUCAGUAUGACAGUGAGGAGGAGGAAGAUGAGUAUGACGAGGAAAACGAGGCGGAAGAGUCUGAUAACGAUGACGACAAUGAUGACGAUGCGCCGCCAGCCUCGCAUCCUCAACCUAGCGGAGGUCGCCCGUUGACGAGGCAGGAUAUCGAGGAUGAGAUUAGCAUCUUGCGGGGAGGGGGCCGCCAAGAGGGAUGUGAGUUGAUGUGA